UAAAUUAGAAAAUAAAUUUAGACAAAAUGAAAUUUUUAAACAUUGCCCUGCUUUUUGUAAUUUUUGCCGUAGCCUGCAGCUUAACUUUUGCACAGGACGAACCAUCAGCAAAACGUAUAGCACUCAGACGCCCUGUUGGUAAAGCGGUUAAGACUUCAACAACAACAGCAGCACCACCACCAUCAGCUGAGGGUCAAGAUGGUGAUUAUGCAGAUGAAAAUCCAGAGGAGCAAUAUAGCGAUGAAGGUGAUGAGGCAUCACAUUCAAGCACUACAACAACAACCACAGAGGCACCAAAAAGAAUCGGUCCAGUAAUACGUCCAUUCCGUUCAAACGAUGAUUUCUUAAAUUCACUUAAACGUCGUCAAAUGAAUGCAAAGAAACACAGAGAUGAAAAGCCUGUACCAAAAAUUAAACAGACACAAGUAGCUGAAAAUGGCGGUGAGGCGGAAGAAUCAGCACCAGCACCUGCACCAGCGCCCACAAAAAGUUUCAAAGGCAACCCAGCAUUGAGCCGUCGUAAGUUCACAAAACCCGGAAAAGCAGAAGCACAACCUGAAGAUGCUGGUGCCGAAGAGCCAGAACAAGAAGAAAAGGAAGACUUCAAACCAAAACGUCCACAAGGUCGUUUGGCUUUAAGGAGACGUACUUAAAUUAUUUAAAAUAACAUUAAAAACAAAAUUUAAUUAAAUUUAAAACUUAACAUUUUCUCUGUGUUAUUCGAUUGUGCAACAUUUUUUUUUUAUA